UGAAAGCUUUGUUUUCAUGAAAGCUUUGUUGUGUACUCAUAUCCAAAUACAGGUAUUCCAAAACCUUAAACAUGCAAGAUGUCUCUGGUCCUAGACGGCCCUUGUGGUCAUUUUAAACUCUUCAGAUUCUAUGAAUCCCACCAGCUUUUUAGAGGUUUUGUAGUUGAAUGGUUUAUGUUCAUCAUUUUAUUCCAGGUAGCAAUUUGAAUGUUGGACUAUGACUCUGAAGAGCCGAGUUUGAUUCCCAUCUCUGUCAUGAAACCCAUCUGGUAACCCUGGGCAAGUCACACUCUCUCAACCUCAGAGGAUGGCAAUGGCAAACCCCCUCUGAAGAAACAUGCCAAGAAAACCCUGUGAUAAGUUUACCUUCAGGGUGGCCAUAAAAUGGAAACGACUUAAAGGGAAACAACACACGCAACAUUUUUCAUGUUGCUAAGUGAAGAUGUCAUCCUUUGCGGAGGAUAAGGUGAAAAAGUACAUCAAGGGUAACUUGACAAAGUUCUACCGCAUUCGAGUGGCUCAGAUGAUCUGCCUCCCGUGCUUCACGGACACCGACAGGCAAGAGAUAAGCGCCUACUACAGCAGACAUGGGAACAAUUUAGCCGUGUUUGAGUUCUUUGAACGCCUGCAAAGCAGAGAAGGCUGGUUGCAAGUACUCAUAGAUGCCCUCCGGGAAGACAACUUAGGAGACUUAGCCGAUGACCUCCAGCGCGUUUAUAAUAUGUAUCAGCCCCGUAAUGCUCUAUCAAAUUCUUCAUCUCCUGUUGUGAAUAGUCCUCCUUCGAGAGAAUUGGGUGCCUUUGGGAUCAGUCUGCCUUCUUCUGCUGAACAAAAUCCAUCGCCUCCAUUUAAUAUUCAGAGUUCUAGGGAAGCCCGGCCUUCUGCCUACUUGCCUCCUAAGUCUCCAGGAUUUGCAUCCUCAACCAGAAAGCCAGACUUACCUGCAAUGAGCGAUUAUCACCGUCCUGUUCAGGAAACUGACUUUCCAUCUCAGAACAGCGAGAUCUCAGCAGAACCAAAGGUUAGACACAGUGCCACAAAUCUGGACUCUUCUCCAUCACCCAAAAGCAUUGCAGCCUCGCCAUUUAAUCCCAGAGUGGCAGCUGAGGAGGAGAAGCCUUCUAAUUCCCAAGGCCCCUCUGCAACUAGUGGCUCUCCUGUGGUUUUGAUACAGGACCACCUUGGAGAGGUGCCUGGCACUCCUGCACCAGUGGCCUCAAGAUCUGACUUCAGCAGUGUGGCUCCAAAAUGGGGCAACCCUCAGCCACGCCCCGUCUUUGUGAAAUCUGGCUAUUUUGGGAACAUGAGUCGCAUGGCUGGAGAUACUGGUGCAUCCCCAACCCCAGUUGCCCAUCUUGGCACCAAGACAUCUGGAAAUCAGCCAGUGGAGGAUCAUUAUUCAUCUGCAGACAACGUCCCAGCAGCAGCUCCAAAGAGGCAAGAUGACUCACAGAAGGAAGAGCAACUGGGAGCAUGGAAGACCCAGAUCCAAUGGGGGUAUCAGAAGAAGCGGGCGUUGGGUGAUCCUGUAGAAUCAGACAGCAGCGCCACCUCCAGCUUGCAAAGACAGUUGGGCGUAGAACAAGGAGCCCCGAAUCAGUGGAAGAAUAGUCCAAUUGUUACAGAGAAAAAUGUUGGAACAACAUCAGAAGCUUCCCCAGUGCUCAGUAGAACUCAUAAUUCUUGGGAAAGAGGUGGCCAUGUCCCCACAAACACCGCUUCCAGGGGCCAUUCCAGUGUUCCUCGGUUUGGCAGCACUCAUUCCAACCAUUCUCAGCAACCCUGGAGCCCAACAGAAAACGCCUACGUUUCCCCAAAUCCCACCACUCUGCUUCCAUGGCAGAGACGGCCUCCUCUUCCCGACUUUGAAGGUUUCUCUUCCACUGAUGUAAUCCCACCUAACUCACACAUGGAGCCUUCCUCUGCUUCAAGUAGAGGGGACUUGGAGGAUCUAAAGUCUCCCAUUCAAGAAGAAAAAUGGCCUGUUGGAAGGCUGGAUGACUCACACACUUCUGCAUUGGUGCAAGAGACGGUGUCUGUAACCCAGCCUCCAGACAUUGCGGAUGGGAGCACAAUGAAUUCAAGGAUGAGGAGGAAUGGUUCUUCCCGGAACGACCGUGUCUUUUAUAGUAGUCAUGAUGAUGACGGUCCAUGCAAACCUGGAGUCCUAACUUCAUGCCUGGAUGCGAGUUCUCUUGGGCAACUCCAGAGUGGCCAAGAGACAGAUCCAGAAUAUUCUGGCAGAUCGGACAGACUUUGUUUCAGCUCUGAGUUCUCUUUAAACGGAGACCCUUUAAUGCCGAGUGAUCCUAGCCAGAAUGGACAGCCUGAAGAGAAGUCCUCUGGCUCAGCUGUAGGUAUUGUUUUGGGAAAAACUGGGAUGGGUGAAGGAGACAGUGCAUCCUUUCAGGCCAUGAAUGACAACCAAGAUGUCAGUGGGUCCAUCAGGACCUUCGAGUUGCGGGUGAAGGAAGACGCCAGCAUCAAUCUUGCUGGUGCGCCCAAUACAAUUGGCUAUCAAGAACUCCAGCCAAACCAAUCUCCAGGUGCCUUCCCUCAUUCAGCAACAGGGCAUCCAUCAAGCAUGCCUACUGAUCCCCACUCUGAGGAUUCCCACCAAAACCAAAAAACCGAUGGAACACCCCCAUGGAUUCCAAGUGAUUAUACAUUACUCCUUGUUGGAUUUGUUCUGGCAUCUGUGGCAGGCAUAGCUUUUAUACUGUAUAAGAAGAAGUAGGAGUUUGGGUAUUAGAAAUUGGUCAUCCAUCUACUGCAUAGCCAAAUAUUAGAACACCUUCCCUUCCCACCUGUGCCUUCAAAUUAUACCAUGUGGGGGGAAAUGUUUCCUUUUGAUAUCCUUUCUUCAGAUCUUUGCAUGAUGCUCACGGCAAUUGAUAACUCUGCUGCGCUCACAAGUUGCCUUGUAUGUUUCCCUUGGUCCACCUUAUUUCUCAAAAACUUUGAUUGAGACAGGUAGUAUUUGGUAAUUGGAAAUUAAAUCUAUAGCUGGAUAUAUCACCCUUUCAGCACACACA